GCAGCGGCGGCUCCGGGAGUCGCCGGGCGGGCCGGGGGCAUCGCGGGCAGGAGCCGGGCUGGGGGCGCCCGCCGCGGCACCCGCGCGCUCCUAGCGCCCCAGACCUGCCGGUCGGGCCGGGGACCUCCUUGUCGCCUUCCCGCCCGCCUUCCCCGCCCCUCCACCCUUUGUGCAGCCGCCGCCCGGUGCGCCCCUCUCUGCAAGACCCCGGCCCGGCCGGCCCGCGGCAGCGAGCCAGCCCCGCGUGGGCGUCCGACCGGCGGCCGAUGGCGAGGGGGCGCGGCACGGGCGGGGGCACUGCAGCCCGAGUCCGCGACGCGGGAGGCUCGGCCCGCCUCCACCGCAUUGUCCCGGGCCCCGCGCCCCGGCCCUGAGCCGCGCCGCCGCGGCGCCUGCCCGCCACCCGCCGCCUGCGGGGCCAUGCGGAGGGCCGCUAGGAUGGAGGACUUCACGGCAGAGGAAGAGGAGCCCUGGUACGACCAGCAGGACCUGGAACAGGACUUGCACUUGGCCGCAGAGCUGGGGAAGACGCUGCUGGAGAGGAACAAGGAGCUAGAGGAGUCUCUACAGCAGAUGUACUCCACCAACGAGGAGCAAGUGCAGGAGAUCGAGUACCUGACCAAACAGCUGGACACGCUGCGCCACGUGAAUGAACAGCACGCCAAAGUGUACGAGCAGCUGGACUUGGCGGCCCGAGACCUGGAGCUGACCAAUCAGAAGCUGGCACUGGAGAGCAAGGUGGCCCAGCAGAAGAUCCACGGGCUGACAGAAACCAUUGAGCGCCUGCAGACCCAGGUGGAGGAGCUGCAGGCUCAGGUGGAGCAGCUGCGGGACCUGGAGCAGCUGCGCCUGCGGCGGGAGAAGCGCGAACGCAGACGCACCAUCCACACCUUCCCUUGCCUCAAGGAGCUGUGCACCAGCCCCCGGUGUGAAGAUGCCUUCCGCCUGCACAGCUCCUCCCUGGAGCUGGGCCCGCGGCCCCUGGAGCAGGAGAACGACCGGCUGCAGACCUUGGUGGGCGUGCUGCGCUCCCAGGUGAGCCAGGAGCGGCAGCGCAAGGAGCGGGCGGAGCGCGAGUACGCGGCGGUGCUCCAGGAGUACUCGGAGCUGGAGCGGCAGCUGUGCGAGAUGGAGGGCUGCCGCUUCCGCGUGCAGGAGCUGGAGGCCGAGCUGCUGGAGCUACAGCAGAUGAAGCAGGCCAAGACCUACCUGCUGGGCCGGGAGGACCACCUGGCCGAGGCCCUGCUGGCGCCCCUCACCCAGGCACCCGAAGCCGACGACCCCCAGCCCGGCAGUGGCGACGACUCGGGCUCCCAGGACGGGGUCUCCUCUCCGGCCGCCUCCCCGGGCCACGCUGUGCGCAAAAGCUGCAGUGACACGGCGCUCAACGCCAUCAUGGCCAAAGACCCGGCCAGCCGGCAUGCGGGCAACCUCACGCUGCACGCCAACAGCGUGCGCAAGCGGGGCAUGUCCAUCCUACGCGAGGUGGACGAGCAGUACCACGCGCUGUUGGAGAAGUACGAGGAGCUGCUGAGCAAGUGCCGGCAGCACGGGGCCGGGGUGCGGCACGCGGGGGUGCAGACCUCGCGGCCCAUCUCCCGGGACAGCUCGUGGAGGGACCUGCGGGCGGGCGAGGAGGGCCUGGGGGAGGCCAAGGCAGAGAAGAGCCUCAGCCAGCACGUGGAGGCCGUGGACAAGCGGCUGGAGCAGAGCCAGCCCGAGUACAAGGCGCUCUUCAAGGAGAUCUUCUCCAGGAUCCAGAAGACCAAGGCCGACAUCAACGCCACCAAAGUCAAGACGCACAGCAGCAAGUGAUGGUUUCCCCCCACCCCGGGUCAGGCCAGUGGGGGUCCCUCCAAUCUGGGCCCUUCAGCCUCUGGUGAGUGAGGGAGCCCUUUAAGCAGCAAUAUACCCCGGAGGGAGGUUGUCCUCUGACCCAGGGAGCACGGGGAAACCCACUCUCUGCUGAUGAUGGAGGCCUUCACCGGUCCUGGACUGAUGGAGGUCCUAGGACCCUCCAUCACCCGCGCCAGCC